CUUGUCCACCUGCUCCGGACUCUCCAUGCAGACAAGUUCGCUGCUCUGGAAGGCUCGGCCGGAGAAAAUGUCCCCGGGCUCCAGGACGACGGUGGGCACGUUGGCGGCUCCAAGGACAAAAGAGCCCCACCCAGUCGACAACCAGACGGCCUUCUCCGAGUCCUACUGACGCAGCAGAAGAGCCUCCAGCUUGGACUGGUUAGGUGUUUUCCUUCUCCUCCUCUCCCUUCAUCGCCACCUGGUACGAGGCCACCUAAGGCGCGUAGGCAGGAUGCAAAUACUCCAGUAAUUGCUGCUUCUGCUGCAUCCAUUCAUCCAUCAGACAAUCGGGCCAGGCCCGGCAGACGGACGGUAUCCUCUCCGCCUGGAAGCUCUCCUCGUCUGGCAGCCUGGGCUCGUCCACCUGCUCCGGACCAGUCCGACGCUCUGGCAAGCCUCGGCCAGAGAAAUGGGCUCCGGGCUCUAGGACGACGGUGGGCACGUCGGCGGCUCCAAGGACAAAAGAGCCCCACCCAGUCGACAACCAGACGGACGAGUCGUAGCAGACUGCCUUCUCCGAGAACUAGUGACGCAGCAGAACAGCCUCCAGCUCGGACUGGCCAGGCCCGGCAGACGUUCGGUAUUCUCUCCGCCUUGGAGCUCUACUCGUCCACCUGCUCCGGACUCUCCAUGCAGACAAAUUUACCGCUCUGGGAAGCCUCGCUCGGAGAAAUUGUCCCCGGGCCCCAGGACGACGGUGGGCACGUCGGCGGCUCCAAGGACAAAAGAGCCCCACCCAGUCGACAACCAGACGGACGAGUCGUAGCCGACGGCCUUCUCCGAGAACUAGUAACGCAGCAGAAGAGCCUCCAGCUCGGACUGGUUUGGUUUUCUCCUUCUCUUUACGUGAAGUGUCAUCAAAUAAAAAGAGCUUAG